CUGGUCACUACUUGGCUUCUUUGUACUUGAAAGAGUUUUCGAUCACUACUUGAACUUGACAGUGAAAGCUUCCCCUGCCUCCCAUUUCCAUUUCCCUUUACUUCUUCCUCUUUAUGCUCCGUCGCCGCCGCUGUGUCUCCAAAAAGCAGCAGCCGGUCGGUGGGCUGGGGGAACGGCAGCGGCGGAUUGGGGAAUCGAUGUUUUUACACACGGCAGGCCGGCGAAUUGGGAGAUUCGCAGCGGGUUUCCAGCGCUCGGACAACUUCCUCCUGCUUCUUCUUUCUCCUUCCUCAGCAACUGCACCGGGUCGGCGGAUUGGGGGAAUCGCCACAGGUCGACUUGCUGGGGGAAUGGCCACGGCAGCGAAUCCGGCUGGUGCGAUUCUUUCUCCUUCUCUACAAUGGGAGCGGGUCAGCGGCUGGGGAAAAACAACGAUGGUGGGUUGGGGGAACGGGAGGUGCGGCAGGUUGGGUGAACGGUGGCGGCGACGGCCUGAAUUUGGCUGGUGGGAGGAAGUUAGGGGUUGGGGAUCUAAAUUGUAAAUAAGGGUAUAAACAUCAAUGUAAUAUAAUUUAGGGUGAAAAGAUUUAUUGAUUCACUCUUCACUCAAAAAAACAUAUCUACUUUCUAACUUCAAAUUCUGAAAGAGGGUUUAAUAUCGUAUAGGUCAGUUGUGAUUCUUCCAUAUGGGCAAACCAUUGGAUGACAGGAUGUGGAAAGGCUCCCUUCGGCUUCAACUUGCUACAACACUCUAAAGUUGCCAACGUACAAAAGGGCCAGCACUUUGCGAGCAAAGCUUCUUUAUGCUAUCAGUUCCAACACAGGGUUCGAGCUUUCCUAGGAAAUUUCCAGGCUUCAACUCAAUCAUAUUCAGGGAGUAGAUUUUGAAGCUGUUGUAGGACUUCUGGAGCGAUUCAUGAUAUGAGGGAGAAUCCUGCUUCCAGCAGAUCUUGUGCGAGGACCUCAUUAGCAGCUUCAGAGGGAUGGAAU